UAUUCCCAUUUUGGAAACAACCAAAGAUUCUAAGAUCGAUAAUGUAAUGUGUUGCCCGAACUGUGCAUGUAGCAGAUUUUUCAACAUUUAUUUGAUUUCCUCAAAUGUGGGCGAGACAGUUGUAGUUUCUGGCAAAGGCGGGUUACUUGUACACAUGGCAACGCUCGGGUAGGUUGUUAUUACGGUCUCGGGGUUUAUUCCGUUUUAAAUUUCACCACUGAUCCACUCACUCACGUUGAAUUUAUUGAUUCAUCGCGGGUAUUUUUUUUAUUUUCCCUGGCGAAGAUUUUCCUCCAAGUGUCAGAUACGUUUGUGCCUGUGCGGAGGCGGCUGCACCGAGUUUGCAUAUAGACCGGCAAUGAUUGCAAUGAAUGGCAUAAGCAGACGCACACGUUAAAGUGCCCAGUCCUUCUCUGAGGUUCCCUAGACAUCGACGCAGCCGACCAACCCGCCGUGUUACAGGUAUGAUGGCUUCCGACAGGUCAGGGCGAAUGCCAAGAGCAGCGCAGCGUGUCUGAAGCAAAGAGAUCUUAAAAUAAUUACCACCACCGGGAUCUUUGUGCAAGAUUUUGAGAGAACGGGCGAAUUGUAUCCCAAAUCGAAUCGUCCCGCAUCAUAAAACGGUAAAUGGCAUGGGACAGGAUUGCUAAAAGGCGGAUGGGAUUAUUCAGAGAACAUAUAACUUAUUACAAUGGAUGCAAAAAGAACAAAAAACUUUCGGAAGUACAGCCUGCAACAAGCUGUUAAAAAUGCAGAGACCUUCAUUGAUAUUGACUUUGAGAGAAGGUCACUCAAUAAAUAUUCAUUUACUGGUAGAGGAAGCUGCAUUGAUGAAAAAGUGAAGAAAUUGUUUUUGAGAGCAGGGCAAGCUCGGAGCGUUACAAGUGCCUCUGCACAAGGAGACAAGGGGGAUGAUCGGCAUGGACUUUGGAAUGUGCAGAGGUCUGUACGAAAAAGCAAGACCCAUGACUGUUUUCUAUCCAUGGUGCAAGAUGGUGAUCAUACUCAAGUGGAUAAACCCCAUAAAAGUAAGAUGAUAACAUCAGAUGAAAAACAUAAAGAUAGGAUUAUUAAUGCUGUAAAUUUCUCAGAAAUUGCUGUGCCCACUGGGCCUUUUGUUAUGAAUAAAUUGUGUGAAAGCAAGGCAAAAGCCCAAUCGAAACAUUCAGUAAUUGACCUUCCAAGUCCUUCCUCACAAUCACUUCCAUCAAUCACAAAAUGCAUAGCAAAUAGACGACUUUCACUGAGAAAACCCAAAAGAGGAUUCCGAGGCCUAUUUACAAUAAGAAGAAACAGGCAGGAAAAAGUACCUUUGGGAACAAAGGACAACAAAGCAGAUUCCAAAAUUUUCAGUAGUAAAGUGACAUUAAGACCCAACAAAAGUAUAUCCAGAAGUUCAAAGAUUUUAACUCAUGCUGGUGAUUCUUUAGCACAAUACUUUACUGACAGUGACCCUCCCUCAGACUCAUCUUUUGAAUGUAGUAGCACACUCUGUGAGGAUGUUGCUUCUCUGAAGAGCUUUGAUUCCCUCACAGGUUGUGGGGAAAUCUUUGCUGAUGAGGAAACGACUGACCAGCUGGAGGCAGGUCACAAUUUAAAAAAUGCAACUGAAAAAUGUGAAGACAAGCAGACUCCUUCAGGUGAAUCUUUUCAAGGUGGAGGAGAACAACUUGCAUCACCAGGACAAACGGAUGGCUUGGAGCUGAAUGUAUUUUGGAAAAAUAUGAGCAACUCUGACGAAGGACGUGAAACAGUUCAGGAACCCACCAUCAAUGAAGAACCCAAACACUCCUUGGGACUCAAUGCUGAGGUUGAACAGUUAGCUCUUGCACCUUUAGAAUUUCAAAAUGUCACAGAGAAAGAAGAUGUUGAGGAAGCUGAAAAAAAUUUAGUUGCCUAUGUGGAACUCGGAACACCACAGAGCGACCAUCAGGAAUCAACAUCAACCAGUGACGAAGGAUACUAUGAUUCAUUUUCUCCAGGGCACGAAGAGGAUGAAAGCAAACGUUCACAGAGUCCAUGUGUAAAUAGACAGUUUCCCAGAGACAGCUACAGUGGUGAUGCCCUCUAUGAACUUUUCUGUGAUCCAGAGGAGCCCAGGAUGAGUCCUAUCUUAGAUGAAGAAGGCUCCUCAUUGCAAAACAUUGUGGCUCAACCCCAAACUCCAUUGUCUAUGUAUAGUUUUUGUGUAGGAGCUGAAGAAAACAUGGCUCCAUCUCCUACUGUGGAUAUAAACUGUCACGAGUUCUUCCAAGGCAGUUGGAAAGGUAAAGAAUGCUUAUUAAAGCUGUGCAACACUGAACUUUCUUUGGCAAUGGGACUAGUAAACUGGCUUAGGCAAAAGACAGAAGUAAAUGAGUUUGGUUUGAACAUUCAAAAUAACACUGAGAAUCAUGACCAAACAAGAACAGACAUAAUCAGUUUAACAAAUAGGUCUGCUGCCCAUUCUGUUUCCCACAUUGAUGGAGUUCCAAAGGAGAGUGGGGUUAGCAAUUUUGCCAAAGCCACAUCAGUUAUACAGAAUGGAAAAUUCGAAAAUAAAAUGAAACUUAAUGAUCAAAAUGCAACAUCCUCACUUGUUAUAUCAACGAACGAUGUUCAAUCAUCCAUUAACUUAAUGUCCAGGGACAAUGAUUCUGAGCCCUCAGAGAAUAAUCAUCGCUCUGCAAACAAAGUUAUCCCUGUAUUAACGAGAAAUGUGCUAUUGAAAUCUCCCCCUCAAGGAGAGUUGAGCGAGACAUUGGAAACAGCACUAGAAAACACAGCAACAUUGGAGCCCAUGAUCAUUGUGAAAAUCAGUAAAACUAUUCUUUGCCCAAAGUGUCGAAAAUCAGUAGAGUCCAAUCUUCCUGAAGUGAUGCUGUGUUCUUCUUGCUUUUCAGUUGUUGGAAAAUGCAGCAUAUCUGAUGUAUUGAGCACUUAUGAUAAUAAAGAUUGCCAUUCAGGACCAAAGAAGGAUGAUCAGUGCAAUUCCAGCAAACCAAGGCAACAGGAUACAGACCAUUAUGUGUCUCAGCUGCUGGAGGACUGUAUUAGAAAUGUUGCAUCCUUGAAAAUCAAUACUGGUGAGACUAGGCAGUUCGGUAAGGAAGCUACCAUUGAGGACUGCCUAUUUGAACUUGGUUUGCAAGCUGAUCAACAACACAAAGAAAGAAAAAAUAUUGGACGAUCUGAAAACAAUUUGAAUCACAACGGAAGAACUCAGAAAACAAAUGAAGCCACAAAUAAUUGUGCACAGGACAGCACCAGGAAGACAAAGGAAAAUGUUUCUGCUUUAAGCCCUGGGUUUAAUGGACUGGAAUCAACUCAAAAAAUUAAGAUACCAGCAAGUUCAGAUACUCAUCAGCCUACAUCCUUGAUUAGAGAAGCCAAAGAGAAAGCUGUGUUAAGAAAAUCAAUGCAGUGCAGCAAUAGUAUUGUUUUAAACUCUGACGAUGCAUGGUCUCUCUGUCAGGAUGCAGCUGAUGAAUUACAGUAUGAAAUUAUUUUUGAUGGAAACACGAAAGCCACAUGUCCUAAGAGGAAAGGGUGCAGCUCAAAUGUCAGUGAAAGUGCUUUUACAUCUUCUCGACCUUCCUGCUUGCCUCUUUCAAAAUCUGUUUGCUCCAGUCUCCAAAGAGGUUCUCUCCAAGUAGAAAACCCCAAACGUUGUAAGAAAUCUUUCUCUCAUCAUGGUUUCACCUCAUCUCCCAGCUCGUCUUCUCUUCAGCCAACCUCCAGAGACGAGGCACUUGCAUCGCAGGGUAUUUGUGGCCACAUCAGCACUCAACAAGAUGGCAGUCACAAAGAAAGAGAGAAAUCUGAGAAGAUCAAACAAUGACUGAACCACUGGUCUUCACCCUCUGCGGACAAAGGAAGCGGAGAGAACCACGUUCAUCACUGACCACAAGGGAGAAGACAGCAACGAGAUUGUACUGUGCUGCCAUAAUAAACGUUCUCUUCUCUUGCAAGAUGAGUCCUCAACACUGGCCUCUCAGCUCAGCAUCAUUGGGAAUGCUCCACACCUUCCAGGCAAGCUAUGCUGUGAGAGCCACAUAUCUGGAACGAUUACCCACAGCAUCUGGCUUUGGCUGAGAAUAACAACAACUAUAAUUAAACGCGUGAGUCGACUGAAAGGACUCAAUUCAACUCUGGGCAUCUAAUACGAUGUCAGAGAUCAACUUUCAUCCUCUGUUACUGGAAGAUACUGGCUCAUCUAUUAGUUUGGAUAUUAGGUUAUGAUUGCGUAUAAUUACAUUGUACAUCUCACAACAAUUUAAGAAACUGACAUUUAUGUUUCUCAGAAAGAGUAUAGUGGUUCUACCACACUUUUACAGUCAAACAGUCAUUUGAAUCCUCUUUUUGGUUGUUUUAGCACAAUGGUGCCUGCACUCUGAAACACAAACUUGUUUCCCUUAUCUAUCAUUUCUGCAGCAUUGUUUCAUUUGUCUUUUCAUCUGACAAAAACCCUCAACAAAAUCCAGAAAACUGCUCUUUCCUAAAAUAAAGGUGUCCUUAUGCUAAGACAGAAGAUUACAGUGUAAUUGCACAAGUGCCGGCCAAUGAUUUUACAUAUCCCUACAGCUGUCUUUCCCAUGCAUUUUAAUUGACUUCUGUAAUAUAAAGAAAACUUGGCUUCAUUUUAUUGACAUUAAAAUUGAAUUAUCUUUCUCCCUGAAAGCAGUGGCUGCAAAAUAAUCAAACAUGUUUCAUGUUUCAUGGCUGAUUUGUUCUUUAGCUCCAUUAAUUAUUGAUUGUAUUCUUCAUUAUUUCAAUUGGCAUCCAUAAUCUUUGGGGAAAAAGUAAGAUCUAGAUCUUCAGAACCCAUAUGUGAAAACGUAUUUUCCUAAUUUCACUCCUACUCGACCUCAAGGAGCAUAUUUUGAAUUGCCCAUGAAAAUGAUGUUUCACUCUGCAGUAUUUUUUGUUUAAUAAGAGGUACAAACUUAAAGGGAUUAAAAGGAUCAACACUUGAUGAUCUAAUGUGGAAUGCAAAGGCCCUGAUGGCUGCUAUUAACUGGGACUGUUAUUGGGUGCUCUCAUGUCUACAGGAGUGACAAAUAUAUGCUAUGUAAUCUUUUCAUUUUGGUUUGGCGCAUGACUUUUUGGAAUGUACACAAACUGGUGAUUGACUGACACCUUCUUGUAAAUAAAACCAUUGAAAUUAGGUCAAUUUUGCUAAGUGCAGGGUUGGCUUUUUUCCAAUGUGACAUUUGCCAAAAAGGUCCUGGUGGCAAUGGUCACCACAAACCUAGAUUUGUCCAACAAAUUCUUUUGUCCUCAUUUCCACCUUAUAUUUGUAAAGACGUCAAAAUACUUGAUAUAAUUCUCACUUGAUCUUAAGGGGCUGAAUUAAAUGAAUUAAUUUUUAAUUGAAAUAUUUUCAUAUUGAUUUUCAGAAUAAAGUCAAGCAUUCUGGUUAAUUAGGAAUGGGAGACCAAACAUUCUUUAAACAUUGGAAUCAUUCCUUUGUAGUAAGCUUCAGAAAACAGAAAUAUUUGAUUUGGUUCUAAUGCCAGCAAGAUGGUGAAUGUUUAACGCUGUGCAAGUCAGUAACCAUUUGAUUGUUAAAGACUCCAAACCUUUAUUGAGGUAGUGGGUUCAAAUCCGGGUUCGGAAAUGUGAACACAUGGACCAGGGCUGCAUGUUGGUGUGGUCCUGAGGAAGUUCUUUUCAAAUGGAGGUGCCAUCUUUCAGACUGUGGCUCCUCUUUCUACUUAUAAAAAUGUAAAAGAUCCCAUGAAACAAAUUUGAUAGAAACCCCAAGAGUUCUUACCAUUGAAAUACUCAAUAUAAUAUUCCUCAACUGUUUAAUAUCACCUUGCUGUUUGUGGGACCUUGUCUGUUCAAACGAGCUGCUAUGACUCCAACAGUUCGGCAGUGACUGCAGUUCAUUAGCUGUAAAGCACUUAAAGAGCUGGGGAGAUUUACAAAUAGAAGUUUACUUUCUGUUGGCAAGCUGAAGAGGCAGAAACAUUGAAAUAUAAUUAACAAUGCCAUUUCAACUUAAAUAUAUAUUUUCUGGGAAGAUUUACAGAUGGAAGAGACUGGGUUAAGAAAAAAUAUUCAGGCAACUUUCAGUUCUUAGAACUUGAUGCUCAUGUGAAUAUUUCUGUGUGCAGCUCAUCACUAAACAAACUGCUUUAUGGGUCGGUUCCAAUGAAACCACUGAAUGGACCAUUUAAUCUUCUUCAGAGCAUUUUGCUUGAGGACUGGGUAAUGAAGGAUUAAUUCUGCAAUGCUUUACUUCCAUCACAGACUAUCACUGGAUAGAAAUGCUUGCAGCAAAGCCAGUCUCAUCUCUAGUUCACGUUGCCAUUGAACAAGCAUCAUAAGAGUGCACCUCAUGUCUUUAUCUGUAAUUAACUUGCUACUUGGUACUGAAGAAAGAAAAUAAAUACUUGAAUUAAAGUGGUGCUUUUCACUAUCAGAAUAUCCCAAAGUGCUUUGCAGCAAUGAAGUGUGAUCACGUUAGUAAUUUAAGAACAGUAACAAUCCAAUUUACCACAACAAGUUUUGACACUCAGUAAAGUAUUUCUCUAUUUCACUUACAAUCACCAUCUUCUCUCCAUCUUCCUUGUCUCAAUUCUCACUUCACCUGUCUCUUGAUCUUCUCAUUCUGUCUCUCACUAUUUUUUAAACUUUGCUUCUCUCACUCAUUCCAGCUUCUUGGAGAUUAUUUUUCACUCUCACUUGUGGUUUAAGAUGGAGUUCAAACUCCAAGCUGAACACAUGGAUAAGUUACAACCAGAAGAGUGUGCAACAGGGGGAAAAUAAUAUUAUGUUUGCAGAUUUAAAGAGAGUUCCUUUUCCAGACAUGCUCCAAUCCUACAUCUGCUGGAAAUUAAGUCCUUUAAACAAUACCAUUAACCUCUUGGAAAAGAUCCAUGCAGUUUCCAUGAAAACCUCAGCGAAUGGACUGCUAGAUAAUUUUUAUUUUUCAAGUAUGACAGCAGAUUAAAAUAUUCUUGCCACAUAUUCCUAAGGCAGAGACGGUCUGGCAGUAUAACAUGGAGCAAAGUGGUAGCAUGGAACAUGGCAUAUCAUAUCUUGUGUACAUUGCCCACAUUAUGCUAGGUUAAAAUGUGCAGAAUGGUCAGACCCUAUGGGAUUAUUUUGUUUCCAUAUGACUAUGGUUUGAGGUUAACUAUAUUUUGCCCAUUCCAUCCCAGUUUAUAAAAUAAAUUACUGCCCUUCAAAUUAUUGUUGGCCACCAUGCACCUAUGCACAGACAGUUUCCCACUGUUGCCAGUGACAAACUGAGGCAGAAGGUUGAUUUAAGAUUUGCAAGGCCAUGGAAGACUAUCUUCUGUCAGGACUAGGGUACUUGCAACAUAGAUUAAAAUAUAGCUUACUUUCAAUGCAAAAGUUUGCAAACGAACCUCGGAAUGCCAGAGAAUGGAAAAUUGUAAUACCAUAAUGGCAUCAAUGGUGAAUAUUUUCACCCACAAUCAAUUUUGGCAGCUGUUUGUCAACAUAUAGAGCAGUUACAAUUAAUCACAGGGUGCUGAGGCUGUAGAUAAAUACAUACCCCUUGGUUUUACACAUGGUUUUGUACAUGAUUUUGGAGAACUAAUAUUGAGUUGAGUCAGGCUAUCAUGGACUGGACCACACUUCUCUGCCAGGCAUUUUGAUAAGUCAAAUAAUAUGUGUGCAAUACAGGUCUACAAGAAAGUUUUAAAUGAGAAUGGAACAUUUUUAGAGAGCAUGAAUUUUGUUGUACAUUAAUUCAAAUGCUUGAACGCCAAUUUCAUUUUGUGCUGUUGUGCUUUGCUCUUUUAAGUGAAUUUUAGAAAUCUUGCAGAUUUAGAAUGUACAAAUUGAACUUUGUAUUCAUGGAAUCUUCAUUGUGUUUUGUUUCAAUUACUUUUCCAAAGAUAUCUGACGAUGUGGUGUAGACCUUUUCUUGAAAAUUGGCUUAAAGACAUUUUUUUUCAAGGUGUGAUGUCCCCUUUGAGUAUUUGUGUACAAUGUAUUGAUGAUGUGCACAUGUGAUUGGUAAAUAUGUUGAUUCAAAAAGUUGGGACCAAGGUAUCAUUUUUGUAUUAUUGCACAAUGUACAGCUUUGUAAAUGACUGUCCUGAUAAGACAAAAUAACCUGCAUACAAUUCAGAGUCACAAUGGGUGUGUCGGUGAAGCAGACUCAUCUUAUUCUAAAAUAUUGGCAGUGACAAGUAAGAGUAUCCAUUUAGUCUAUCCAAUGGUUCCAAUAUCGGUAAGAAAGCCCUCUUUUUACAUUAACAGUGCAAUAUGUUUUUAGAGGACUAUUCUGAAAAGCAAAGACCUAAUCAGAGUAUGGAUAGCACCAGUGAGGGCAGUGAUUCUGUCGAGUAACAAAGCAUAAUUUUGCAUUUGCAAUUUACAGCACUUUGCACGGACAUCUUCCGCAAAUUGGAAUUGUUUGAACUCAAAAGUGGACAAUGGAGGCCUUGGUCUCAUUGCUGCCUGAUGGAGCGGCGACAGGAUGACUCAUUGAGAAAAAGGCGGAGUGUCUGAUUAACAAUCUGCACAGCGAUAUAUUCUUCCUCUGUUCAUUUUAUUUAAUGAUUACAAUAGGAAAGGUGUGGAGGGCUAAAAAGUUGGAAGAUGCUUGGUUUGCACUGCCUUUUAAUUUUAAGACUGAUUUGGGAAAUAUUCCACUAACACUGUGACAACUGUGAAAGGAAUGUCUGAUAGCAAAUGCCUUAUCAUGAAAUACUGAUCUACUUUAGAAAUCCACCUUUUAUAUUUAACAUUAAAAUUGUGUGUUCAUGGCUGACUUUUCACAAACAACCUGAAGUGCACUCUUUGCGCAGCAGUUUAAAUGAAAAAAAAUCAUGGCUUUAACAUCAGCUUAAACUGAUCAUGAAUUUCACAGCCAACAUCACGAAUGGUACCAACACCAUCAGGUUAUAUAAAUUAUCUCCUGGUGAUGAUUGUUUUUAAAAAAAAAAUGUUUAUAUUUUGAGUUAUUGCGGAAUUGCAAUUUGAAAAAUUGCUCAGUGGUUCAGUAUAGUUUUACCAACCCUCCUUUCAGAUGUAAACUUGUUUGUUCUGGCUAAGGCUGCUAUCCCACCCAAACUCCACACUGCUCCCUUCGCCUGCACCCCACGCAAUAUUCUCAUACCAUGAGAAUACUAUUCACCUCGAUAUUAGAUAUAACAGAGAAAGCAAACUUUUGGAAUGUAUAUUCAAUGAGUUGUUUUUGUACCGUAACUGGAUGUUUUAGUAACUAAAUUAAUAUUUCAGACUUUCAUUGAAACUUUGGUAAAAUGGUUAAUGGCUUUCAUAAGAUUUUAUCUGAAACAGUUAUUUGAAAUGGCUGUGAUUUUACUCUUUUUUUUAUUUGAUGAAUGUCAAGUUAUUUCUGCAACUGGGAAAUAUGUAUGUACAACAUGUUUUAGAAUACUUUUAAGUAAACAGUAAAUAUAACAGAGAU